UGUUUAGAUUUAAUUUUCUGUUUUAUUGAAAUAAUAAAAUUAUUUUAUAUCUCUUAGAGUGUGCUAUAUUACUCGUGUUAACUUGGAACAGAAAUAAAACAAAUUUGGGUAGACUUUUAAAUUACCAACAAUGAUUAUCACUUUAUUUACAUUGGGUGCUAUUUUUUUGGUAUUACUAUAUUAUUCUUUUCAAUAUGGAAAAUACGUAAAACUAAUUAAUAAAAUACCAAGUCUACCGACACUCCCAUUGCUCGGCCAUACUUUAGAUUUAAUGGGUUCACAAGAGAAUCUUUGGAAGAUUCAACGUGUAUCUUGUAAACUUCAUUAUCCAAUUUAUAAAUUAUGGUGCGGUCCAAUUGCUUUUGUCAGCGUUCACCAUCCAGAUGACGUAGAGAAAAUAUUAAGCAACACAAAGGAACAUCUUUUAAAAGGCUACUUGUAUGAUAUUUUCAAACCUUGGUUAGGGACUGGAUUACUAAUUAGCGAAGGGGUCAAAUGGCACAAAAGGCGAAAGAUGCUAACACCUACAUUUCAUUUUAAAAUAUUAAAACAGUUUGUUGAAAUUCUGAUCGAAGAAGGAAAUUGUAUGAUAAAAUGUUUGAAAGAUACGGAUGGAUUAGUUGAUGACUUAAUGUGUCUUGUCAGUAAACAUACAUUAAAUUCAAUAUGUGAAACCGCUAUGGGCACUUCUUUGCAUGAAAUGGGUGAAUUCCAGCACCAAUAUCGUGAAGCAGUCCACGAAGUAGGAAAAAUUCUAACUUACAGAGCAAUGAGACCCUGGUUAUUUCCUAACAUGAUAUUUUCAUUAACGUCAAUGGGUAAAAAGUUUAAUAAAAAUCUGAAAAUAUUACAUGGUUUCACUGAGAAAAUUAUUGAAGAAAGAAAACAAUAUCAUAACGAUACUAAUGAACGAUUCUUGACUCAUCUUAGUAAUGAUACUGGUAUGCUAGACGAUGAAGAAAUGACAGGAAGUAUGUGUAUAAACUAUCUAAAUAUCAUCUUUAUUAGUUCGAAUGAUAUUCAAACUAUUUUAUCUAUUUAAGUUAAAAAGAAGCGACUCGCUAUGUUGGAUCUUUUGAUAGCGGAGGCUCAUAAUAACCAGAUAGAUGAUUUGGGCAUCAGAGAAGAAGUCGAUACUUUCAUGUUCGAAGGGCACGAUACCGUAGCAAUGGGUUUGACUUUUGCAAUAUUAGUGCUAGCUGAACACAAAGAUGUCCAGGAAUGUGCUAGAAAUGAAGUUAGUGCACUUAUGGAAGCAAAUGGAGGAAAACUUACUAUGUCAAUGUUAAAUGAUAUGCCAUACUUGGAAAGAUGUUUGAAAGAAUCAUUGAGAUUGUAUCCUAGCGUUCCCUUAAUUUCACGAGUUCUAACAAAAGAUGAACAAAUACAAUCAUAUUUGGUGCCUUCUGGAACAAUACUGCAUUUAAAUAUCAUUGAUAUUCAUCGAGAUUCAAAUUUCUGGCCAAAUCCAGAUGUAUUCGAUCCAGAUAGAUUCUUGCCUGACAAAAUUCAAAAACGUCAUCCUUAUUCUUACUUACCAUUUAGCGCAGGACCACGAAAUUGUAUAGGACAACGAUUUGCCAUGUUGGAAAUGAAAGCUAUAAUGGCGUCAUUGAUAUACAAUUUUUAUCUGGAACCUGUCGAUUAUUUGAAGGAUCUUCAGUUUAUGACAGACAUGAUAGCUCGUGUUACAGAGCCGAUCCGUACACGAUUUGUCCCAAUCGAUCGUGCGUCACCUGGUUCAACUAAAAGCUCACUCCUAUUUUUUAAUUGUUUAAAAACAAUGUUUGUUACACUAUUAAUAUUAUGCGUUUCUAUUAUAUUAUUGUAUUUCAUUACUUAUUAUGGAAGAUUCAGACGUCUUAUCGGAAAAGUUCCAAGUAAGCCGGGCCUGCCAUUUAUUGGCAAUGCUUUAGAGUUCUUCAUGUAUUCACAGGAAAAAAUUUGGGAGGCUGAACGUUUAGCCAACAAGACUCAUACAAUUUAUACAUUUUGGUGUGGUCCGAUUGCUUUUAUUGCUACACGCGAUCCAGAUGAUAUAGAGAAAAUACUAAGCAAUACAACACAACAUCUUUCGAAAGGUUAUAUCUACAAUCUUCUUCAUCCUUGGUUAGGAACUGGACUACUCACUAGCGAAGGAGCAAAAUGGCGAAAAAGACGAAAGAUAUUAACGCCUACAUUCCAUUUUACUAUAUUAAAAGAAUUUGUCGAUAUUUUUACAGAAGAAAGUAAUCGCAUGAUAAAAUAUUUGAAAAACAUUGAAGGUUCAAAUAUCGAUAAUUUAAUGAAUUUUAUAAGUCAUCAUACAUUGAAUGCAAUAUGCGAAACUGCAAUGGGAACUUUAUUGCAAAAUAUGGAUGAAUCUCAACAACAAUAUCGUCAAGCAAUUCACGAGAUGGGUAACGUUUUUUUUUAUAGACUAAUGAGACCAUGGCUUCACCUUGAUAUGAUAUUUGCGCUAACGCCAAUGGGUAAAAAGCAGACAAAAAAUUUAAAAAUAUUGCAUAAAUUUACCGAAAAAAUUAUUGCAGAAAGAAAACAAUAUCAUGAAAGUACUGGUGGACAAUUCUUAAAGCUUUUAGAAAAUGAUACAGACAUAACAGAAACAGAUGAUGAGGCGAUAUUAGGAAUUAAGAAAAAGCGACUUGCUAUGUUGGAUCUUCUGAUAGCGGCAGCGCGCAAUAACGAGAUAAAUGAUUCCGACAUUAGAGAAGAAGUCGACACCUUUAUGUUCGAAGGACAUGACACUGUAGCAAUGGGUUUGACAUUUGCUAUAUUACUAUUAGCCGAACACAAAGACGUCCAGGAGCGUGUCAGAAAUGAAGUUAAAACAGUAAUACAUGAAAAUGGAGGCAAGUUUACUAUUACAACGUUAAACAAUUUGUUAUAUCUAGAAAGAUGUUUAAAAGAAUCUUUAAGGUUAUAUCCCAGCGUUCCUACUAUUUCGCGAGUCUUAUCAGAAGAUACAACAUUACAGUCAUAUCUGAUACCUUCUGGAGCUGUAAUGGUAAUUCAUUCCUAUGAUGUUCAUCGAGAUCCCAAUUACUGGCCCAAUCCAGAUGUAUUCGAUCCAGAUAGAUUUUUACCGGAGAGAAUUCAAAAUCGUCAUCCUUAUUCUUACAUACCAUUCAGUGCAGGAUCACGAAAUUGUAUAGAAAAAAUUUGGGAGACUGAACGUUCAUUCGCCACUAAUCCAAUUUAUGCAUUUUGGUGUGGUCCGAUUGCUUUUAUUACUAUACACCAUCCAGAUGAUAUAGAGAAAAUACUAAGCAAUACAACACAACAUCUUUCGAAAGGUUAUCUCUACAAAUUUCUUCAUCCUUGGUUAGGAACUGGACUACUCACUAGCGAAGGAGCAAAAUGGCAAAAAAGACGAAAAAUAUUAACGCCUACAUUCCAUUUUACUAUAUUAAAAGAAUUUAUCGAUAUUUUUACAGAAGAAAGCAAUCGCAUGAUAAAAUAUUUGAAAAACAUGGAAGGUUCAAAUAUCGAUAAUUUAAUGAAUUUUAUAAGUCAUCAUACAUUGAAUGCAAUAUGCGAAACUGCAAUGGGAACUUUAUUGCAAAAUAUGGACGAAUCUCAACAACAAUAUCGUCAAGCAAUUCACGAGAUGGGUAACCUUUAUGUUUAUAGAUUAAUGAGACCAUGGUUUCACCCUGAUAUGAUAUUUGCGCUCACGCCUAUGGGUAGAAAACAAGCAAAAAAUUUAAAGAUAUUGCAUAAAUUCACUGAAAGAGUUAUUGUAGAAAGAAAACAAUAUCAUGAAAGUACUGGUGGGCAAAUUUUAAAGUUUUCAAAAAAUGAUAUAACAGAAACAGACAAUGAGGAGAUAUUAGGAAUUAAGAAAAAGCGAUUAGCUAUGUUGGAUCUUCUGAUAGCGGCAGCGCGCAAUAACGAAAUAAAUGAUUCCGACAUUAGAGAAGAAGUCGACACAUUCAUGUUCGAAGGACAUGAUACUGUAGCAGUGGGUUUGACAUUUGCUAUAUUACUAUUAGCUGAACACAAAGAAGUCCAGGAGCGUGUCAGAAAUGAAGUUAAUACAGUAAUACAUGAAAAUGGAGGCAAGUUUACUAUUACAGCGUUAAACAAUUUGUUAUAUCUAGAAAGAUGUUUAAAAGAAUCUUUAAGGUUAUAUCCCAGUGUUCCUGCUAUAUCGCGAGUCUUAUCGGAAGAUACAACAUUACAGUCAUAUCUUAUACCUUCUGGAGCUAUAAUAAUAAUAUAUCCCUAUGACGUUCAUCGAAAUCCUAAUUAUUGGCCAAAUCCAGAUGUAUUCGAUCCAGAUAGAUUUUUAUCGGAGAGAAUUCAAAAACGUCAUCCUUAUUCUUACAUACCAUUCAGUGCAGGAUCACGAAAUUGUAUAGGACAACGAUUUGCCAUGUUGGAAAUGAAAACCGUAAUUGCAUCGUUGGUGCAAAACUUUUAUUUGGAACCUGUCGAUCAUUUGGAGGAUCUUCAGUUCAAGAAGGAUUUAGUAACUCGUGUUACACGUCCAAUUCGUGUACGAUUUAUUCCAAUCAAAGAAUUACAAUCUGGAGUCAAUACAUAACUUUAUUUGAUAAAAAAAAAGCAAUUUCUCUUUUCCAGUAAAGAAUUUUAAAGUAAAAAAACUUUAAUAGUAUUGUUAUGUAUUUUUAUAUUUCUUUAUACUUUUAUUGAAACAAAAUUAUUUAAUUUAUAGUGGUGUUGGAUAAACAUUUUGGAUAAACAUAUUGGAUAUUAUUAAGUAACCUAUUUUAUUUUAUAAAUAUAUAAAUAUUGUUUAUCUUUAAAAAAAUGUAAACUGUCUUACCUGCCACGAUCGAUAAUAUAUGAUCGGUUGAACAAUUAACAUUUUUUUAAUAAUAAUAUUUCUUCAAAAAUUUUAAUUCAAAUGCAUUAUAGUCGUUACAAAUGAAAAGUAAUGUGAGUGUGGUAUGAUUUUCUAGCGUUAGAAAAUGUAAUAAUACAUUACUAUGUGUUUACACGACUUGAUUUACAACGAAUUGUUAUAACAUCGGUGUGAUACUACUGGUCAGUCAUGUCAUAAGUAUUUCUUUGAAGAAUAGAAAGAUUAUGAUUGGCUAGUUUCAUAAAGUUGAUAUUGAGUGUAUUAAAGGAGACGCUAUUAACGUUAUUCUAUUCUUGUUUACAUCUAGAAAACACAAAUGGCAAUCUCUUCGAACGUAAUCGUUAUAACUUCGGGGUAAAUCAAACCGUGUCAAAGUCCGAGCGUCGCGCGCCGCGAGAAACAAGGCCGCACACGAUGGUAUUUUGUUUAUAAAAUAUACAUUAAUUAUUUCUAUAAAAAAAAACUAUAUUUUGUUCACUAUUAAUUAAUUGUUAUCUUCAAUUAACAUUAAUACUAAAAAAUAAAUGUAAUUAUGUUUAAAAACCGAUUAUUUAACCUAUCAUGAUAAGAAUAGGUAUAAAUGAGGUAUCAGUAGGUUUAAUGUUAAUUGUCUCGAUUAUGAAUUAUUCUUGAAUCAACGUUACUGUUUUGAUUGUAUAACAGAUUCUUUUUGCACUUGUUUUUUUCUGUCGUUUUCUCGCUAAAUAUACGAAAGGCCUCCUUACGCGCACGCACGAUACAUCGUUUUUGUUGUGUAACAACUCUUCACGCACUUCUAUCCCACGACUUCAAUAGUGGCUGGCCAUAUGGCCAUAUCGCCGUAAUGUUGUAAAUGUUAAUCGAUCGACUGAAUAAAUCUUAUAUAUUGCAUAGCGUGUAAAACGUUAAA